AACUCGAAGGAGUUAUCGCUGCUCGUAUACUUCUCAAGUAUUUUCUUCGAUGUUACGAAACUCAAGCGACAGUCUUAAAAAGUAUUUUGUUAAUGGUGAAAAUUUUUUUUUAUUUACAUUUUAUCGCUACUAACGUUUAAUUUAUCGUUGUACAUACAAACCGAUAUAAGGUGACUUGUUGAUUAAUACAAGUCAUAAAGAGAUUCCAAAGUUCAUUUGAGACAUUUAUACCAGAAUCGCUUGCGCAAGCUAUUCCAGAUCACUUCGGACUUUUCGCUGGUUAAAAUCGUCACUUGUCGAUUACAAUUACUUUGCUCCUUGACAAAGUUGCACCUUCGUGAAAAUUUCCAAUAUGUUGAAGGGAGUCGUAGCUUUGGUGACUGGAGGAGCUUCUGGCUUGGGCCGUGCUACUGCACAAAGAUUUGUCCAACAAGGUGCCAAGGUAGUCAUUGCUGAUUUACCAACUUCUCAGGGGAAGGCUGUAGCUGAUCAGCUAGGAGAUUUUAGUGCAGUGUUCUCACCUAUGGAUGUAACAUCUGAAUCAGAUGUUCACACAGCUCUAGACCUUACGAAACAGAAAUUUGGCAAAUUAGAUGUGCUGGUGAAUGCUGCGGGUAUCGCGAUAGCUCACAAGACAUAUAAUAGCAAUAAAAAGUCUCCUCAUCAUUUGGAUGACUUUGCCAAGGUCAUUCAAGUUAACACUGUUGGCACGUUCAAUGUCAUUCGCCUCUCAGUAGGGUUGAUGAUCGAGAAUACCCCGAAUCAGGAUGGUCAGAAGGGUGUGAUCGUUAACACGGCGAGCGUGGCGGCGUACGAAGGUCAAAUAGGCCAGGCUUCUUACUCUGCGUCGAAGGCCGCGAUAGUAGGUAUGACUUUGCCAAUUGCGCGCGAUCUCGCGAAGGAUGGGAUACGCGUGAUGACGAUCGCGCCAGGGCUCUUUGACACGCCCUUAUUGCAAGCCUUGCCCGAGAAAGUGCGCGUAUUCUUAGCGAAGACCGUACCGUUCCCUGGUAGACUAGGGCAGCCCGAGGAAUACGCUAUGUUGGUGCAACAUAUCGUGGAAAAUCCGAUGCUGAAUGGGGAGACUAUCAGAUUGGACGGCGCGUUGAGAAUGCAAGCUUGAAGAAUCGGUCAAGGAACUCUUCCAUAUGUUACCGGCGCUAGAUCUGGAAACAAUUUUUCAUCAUUACUAUGAUCUUGAAAGUGCAAGAUAUCAAUAAUUUUUUACUAGAAUCUUAUUAUUCUUAUACUGCUAUUUGUUAUUAUAUUGUAAAGAAUAAAAUAAAAUCGUACUUUUUACAAGUAA